GGGUGGUCGGGAUUGUAUUUUUAAACAAUCUUAAUUUCAUCUCUUUAACAGCAAGCUUUCGAACAACCACUGCCACAAUCACACCAACCAUUCCUCAAUCUAAGUAAAUAUUUAUUUGGACGCUGGGUGGGUGAUUAUGUUGGGGGAGUUGUAGUGGGGUGAGAUUUCUUCUGUUUUGAUCAAGAACACGGCGGAUGCGAUGUCAGCGGCGAGCGCAAAUGAGGUUGAUGUGUGGCGGGCCCACAUGGGGAUGGCGGCGGUGCAGCUGUUCUACGGCGGUUACCAUGUUAUCACCAAAGUCGCACUCAACGUCGGCGUUAACCAGCUCGUCUUCUGCGUUUUCCGGGACCUUAUUGCGCUCUUGAUUCUCGCCCCCGUCGCCUAUUUUCGGGAAAAAGGGCAAAGGUUACCGAUAAAUAGACAUUUGCUAAUGACAUUUUUCUUUCUUGGUUUAACUGGGGUCUUUGGAAACCAACUUUUGUUUCUCCUUGGUCUUGGUUACACAAGUCCAACUUAUGCUGCAGCAAUACAGCCUGCUAUUCCAGUUUUUACAUUCAUAUUGGCUGUGAUGAUGGGUACAGAAACAGUGAAUUUACAAAAAACUGAAGGUCAAACUAAGUUGGGAGGUACCCUUGUUUGUGUUUCUGGUGCCAUUCUUAUGGCCAUGUUCCGUGGUCCAGCUGUCUUUGGAAACAAGGAAUCAGGUUUUGCCUUAAGCAGAGAGAUUAGAGCUGAGGGUCAACCAGAGCCUGCUGCUUGGUUACUAUCCAGUUUUCUGCAGUUAGGGAUUGAUAAUUGGCACAUUGGAGUUUUAUGCUUAAUUGGGAAUUGCAUGUGCAUGGCAGCUUAUCUGGUCAUUCAGGCUCCACUUUUAGCCAAGUAUCCUGCAAGUAUCUCAGUGACCGCCUAUUCAUACUUUUUUGGAGCUCUGUGUAUGGUAGUCACUGCAUUCUUUAUGACAAAUGAGUCGACAGACUGGGAUCUCAGACAGUCUGAGGUUUUUGCAGUAUGCUAUGCAGGAGUGGUAGCAUCCGCUUUGAACUAUGGAAUCGUGACAUGGUCAAAUAAGAUCCUUGGCCCUGCCUUGGUUGCUUUGUAUAAUCCACUUCAACCUGCUGCCUCGGCUUUCCUGUCGAAAGUUUUCCUUGGAAGCCCGAUUUACUUGGGAAGCAUUGUGGGAGGACUACUCAUAAUAGCCGGGCUUUAUAUGGUCACUUGGGCAUCCUACAGAGAAAGACAGGCGAGCAUAGGAAUCCAUCAUGCCUCUCUGCAAUCAGAACCGCUCAUGAGCAGAGAUCCGUCCAUCGACAAGAUUUCAUAACAGAUAGGGCCGAUUCUCACUGGCCCUUCAAACUCAACAACGAAGAUUGCUGGCUUAACUCAAAGCUGUAGCUAAGAGUUUACUUCCACAACUCAUUUUGGUGGGAUCUCGGAUAUCGAAAAUUUGCAGUAUUUUCUGGAUUUCCUCAUUAUAAUGUUCAGAAUAUAAUGUAUGUGCAAUGUUGAACCUUCUUUUGAAAUCAAUGCAAAUUACUUUAUGGUCUC